AUGGAAGGUGUUGCAAACUUGCGAGUAUAUUAUAAUGGUGAGGUUAUAAGAAACACACAUAAAGGAGUGACCUUUGUUUGUGAAUGUCCAUUGUCAUUUGCCAUUCCAUGUACCAUGAGUUUUGUCGAGUUGCAAAAUGGUCUUUGUAAUAACAUUCAAAGCCACAUUUUAAAAAGGGUGAGCAAUCUUUUAUACAGAAGUCCUGUGCAAGUAUUUGGUGGGCUAAUACAGUUUCAAAUAAUGCCCAUCACUGACGAUGCCAGUAUGCAGCAGAUGUUUUAUAUUUAUCAACAAACCCGAUCUCAAGUGCCGAUGAUAGAGCUGUACGUUGAGUUUGAACAGCAGUCGGGGAUGAGUAUGGUCGGCGAGGAGGUCAAUGUUGAUGAGCUCGGGGAUAUAGAUUGGGAAGAAGAUAAUAAUGAUAAAGAAGAGGAAUUUGAUGCUAACUAUGAAGUCGAUGACGAAAACGAUGACGGAGACUUAGCAGGCAAUCCGGCGGUGCAAAAUAAAGCGAAUGCCGUUGUAAGCCAACACCCGUUUGGUGUUCCGUCUUUUAUGCGGACUCUAGAUCUCGAAGCCAUGCAUGCCCCGGAAUUCCUGAGUGAAGGCAACGUUGCGGCGGAAGAUGGCGAGUUUAGUAUCGGAAUGGAAUUUGGUUUGAGAGAGUCAGUGAUAUCUGCAAUCAAAAGCUACACCAUCUCUAGAGGAGUUGAUUACACUGUGUAUGAGUCUGAGCCGCAGACAUUCUAUGCAAAAUGCAAGGGGUAUGGUGCAGGGUGCGACUGGCUUAUCCGAGCUAGCUUGAUUUGA